AUGAAUCCCUCACCAAUCUCUAGAUCUAAAGCUUCGGCAGUAUCACCAUCUGUAGAAAUGCCUAUGAGUUCUAGGCCUGUUACUCCUGCACUUCCCUCUUUGUCACAAAAUGUGAACGUAAUUAAUGUCACUAUUAAUUACAGUGGUGAUUCCAAAGGAAUCGGUUCAGACGAAAAUUAA